AUGAGUCGACGUAGAUGUGCUGAACACGCAAACCCUGAUACUAGUUUCUGUGCUCCCAGUUCAUUUAAAGUUGCUUCAAUGUGUCGCUUUCAAACUAAAUCACUCCUUAACAGUGAACUGAAUAAUUAUCCUUUAAACUCAUACCAUAUUCGCCACAAGGAAACUAAGAUAUUUCCAUCUGCCGUCUUAAUUGAGCAAAUUUAUGGCCGAAAUGGUGCUGUAAAAGAUGCUAAAUUUGAGGCUAGCGUUCUGUCAAAACGUGAUAACGCAAAAGACGAGAUUUUACUAAUUCAGGCGGCAUCUGAUUUACAACCUUAG